CCCCGGCAGACGUGCUGACGGAGGCGGCCGAGGCAAAAAGGGCGGGAGCCCCGCCUAUCGCCGGUGGGGCAAAAUGGCGCGGGAGGAGAUGCUGGCGUUCACCCGUAACCUCUUCCGAGGCCGCCCAGACCUGAGCACGCUCACGCACUCCAUCGUGCGCCGGAGGUUCUUGGCUCACGCGGGCCGCGACCACCUGGAGCCGCAGGAGAAGCAGGCGCUGAAGCGGCUGGUGGAGGAGGAGCUGCUCAACAUGCAGGGGGAUGAGGCGAAUGGCAGGGAGGAGAAGCGAGACCUUGCCAGGAAGGCGAAGAGGCCGCCCACCCCCUGCAGUGACCCGGAGAGGAAGCGGAGCCGGUUCAGUUCCGAGUCAGAGCCCAGCUCCGGGGCUUCCAGUCCGGACUGCGUGGAUCCCCCGGCAAAGGACAGGAUGGCCACAGAAAUCAGGGCCACUGAGGAGCGUCCGAGGAGGGCCUCCAAGAAACCGCUGGAGAGCAGUGAUGAGGAGCAGCCGGAAGACUCGACGGCGAAGACUGGGUCAGAGGAAGGCAUGAAGGAGAGCAGUGAGGAGGAGGAGGAGGAGGGCUCCGUGAGGACAGGGAAGGUGCUGAAGGCGGAGGGCAGUGAGGGGGAGGAAGGUGAGGAGGGGAAAAGGGAACCCAAAGGCAGGACUAGGAAACAACCCGGCAUGAAUAAUAAGCGGGUCCUGGGCAGGACCUCUGCCAAAAAGACGCAGGCCAAGGAGGUGAGUGAGGACAGUGAGACGGGAUCAGAGGAGGACAUGAGGGAGAGCAGCGGGGAGGAGGAGGGCUCUGUCAGAACAAGGAAGGGAUCAGAGGCGGAAGGCAGUGAGGGGAAGGGAGAGGAGGGGGACAGGGAACCCAAAGGCCGGACUAGGAAACCGCCUGGGAUGAGUAAGACGAACUCUGCCAGGAGGAAGCAGGCCAAGGAGGGGAGUGAGGACAGUGGGGAGGAGGAACCUAUCCAGAGAACAGGACAGAAAACAAGGAGGAAGAUGGGAACGAAAAGCCACCACGAGAGUGAGGACGACGACGAUGAGGGAGAGAACCUAGUGGCAGAAGAAGAGAACCAAGAAGAGGAGGACUGGAAAUCCCGACCCCAGAGCAAGGGAAGGAAAGGAACAGCUUGUGAACAGAAAAGCCGGGGGGCAGGACUGCCGGGUAGCGAGGACAACAGAGAGGCGCAGCAGGACUCUGGCCAUGAGGCUGACAGCAGCGGAGAGAACAGCUCGAAGAAGGCAACAUCAACUACGGACACUGGCAAGCCAGCCAAAGUGGGCAGGCUUAAUGGGGACGAGAGUGACUCAGAGCGGGAGGAGAGUGACAGUGAGGCAGAGGGGAGCCCCAAAGGGGAAAGGAAGAACCGCUCCUCCAAGAAGAAUUCCAAGAAAGGCCGGACACGGAACUCCUCUUCCUCCUCUUCAGAUGGCAGUCCAGAAACCAAGUUCAGGAAGGCUGGCUCAGGUCGCCGUGGGGAGGAUGACCCGGCCGUGAUGAGGCUCAAGCGCUAUAUCCGGGCAUGUGGUGCCUAUCGAAACUACAAAAAGCUGCUGGGGUCCUGCCACUCAAGCAAGGAGCGCCUGAGGAUCCUCCGGGCAGAGCUGGAAGCCCUGGGCAUGAAGGGUAACCCCUCCCUAGAGAAGUGUCGGGCACUGAAGGAGCAGCGGGAGGAAGCGGCUGAGGUGGCCUCCUUGGAUGUCAACAACAUUAUCAACUGUCCAGGUCGGCCACGUAGACGCACUGCAUGGAAUCCUUCGGCUGCAGCACCCCCAGGACAGCUAUACCGCAGGACACUGGACUCAGAGGAUGAGCAGCCCCGCCCCCCACCCCCCGACUGGUCCCACAUGCGUGGCAUCAUCAGUAGUGAUGGCGAGAGUAACUGAGCUCCCCUCACACCUCCUUCCCACUUGUAAAAAGUGUACAUGAGACUUGCAGCCCCCAGGGACACAAAUUGGUAGGAAUCUAUUUCUCGGUUUAAAUGUUUACAAGAUUUAUUUUUUAAGACUCAAAUAAAGGAGUAUUUGAAUUAUCUCAUUAAAA